ACCUUUGAAAUGUCACCCAGGUACAGUUAAACAGGGCUGAACUCCCGUUCAAUAAAUGCUGCCAGUAUAAUGAAACAGCCAGACGCCAUUGUAUAAACACAGGAUACUGAUGGUGACAGCAGGAGAGGUGUCAAUAUCUUCCUGUUCUGCCCAGUCCAAGGCAAUUUAUUAAAAACUCUGGAACUCAGCAGUCUCCAGCCAGGAUAAGUACAGACUAUGUGUCUUGCCUGGAUCUAUAAAAGCUAUUCUUGAGUGUUUAAGCACAGUUGAGUGUAAAAGGAUAUCUUGAUUAAGAGGAGUUGGACGAUCUUCCCUCGACGUUGGCACUCCAGUUUCUGGCUGACUUAAUACAAACACACAGAGCUCACAGGACUCUCCAAUGCCCCAGUUUCAGACAUGGUUCGGGUUUCCAAUUACCCCGGUGACUGAAGAGCUAAAGUCGGUUUGUCAAGUGUUACUGGCACACUUCACUUCCAGAAUAACAGACGGGGGAAUAGCCAGGCUGAGAGAAGCCAGACUGCAGAGGAUAUCAUAUCCUGUUGGAGAGGAGGAGGGAAUUGGAAGAGGUGCAAUCCCACAGAGAGAGAGAGAGAGAGAGAAAAAGGACCAUUUACCUCAGUGACAAGAAAGAUCCCACAUUUCACAAAUGAGAGCAGACAACAUUAACCCCAGGACAGGGCUGGUGGUGGCUCUGGUGAGUGUCUUCCUGGUUUUUGGCUUUAUGUUCACAGUGUCUGGGAUCAGGGGUGAGACCCUGGGGGAUAUUCCCCUCAUUGCCAUCGGGCCUGCCAUCUCCUUACCCGGACUGGCUGCCAUCCUGUUGGCGAAGAAGACGGAUGGUUUCUCCAAGUGGCCGGCCAUCUGUGGCCCCCGCACCAAAGAGGAGGCCGAGGGCGAGCUCUUAGUUGGACAGAGCGUCGGAGGGAGCUCGCAGGACAUGUCCAAGACCUCCACCCGCAGCCAGACCCCCGAGGUCGAGGAAGGGGGCUUCGCCGUGGACUCCAGGAGCCUGAUCAGGAAGAGCGACCAAGAGGCGGCCAGGAGGUACCUGGAGACUUACUACCCGUCCGGAGUCUUCAACUACUGCUCCCUUUCCCGGCUCUGCUCCAACCGGGAUAGCGCCUUCUACACCAGUGUCUACUCCACCCGGGACAGUGUGGUCUACUCCCCCCGGGACAGUAUACCCUAUGGGAGGUAUUACUGUUGUUACCCCAGCCCGGGGGAAGCCCAACACAUUAGACUUUGUUGGGACUACGAGACAAUAGUGUGAGGGGAGGGGGCAUUGAACCCCAAAGUGCAGCCGCCACAGCCGAAUAGCAACUCCACUCAAGCAAGUCAGCUUUCAUCAUUGAGUGUUUUUUUAAUUGACACACUGAGACUUGGAUUUCGGGUUGUAGCAAUUAAAUAGACCGACUGUUUUGUAGGUGUUAUUACAGUUGGGGUUUAAGAGUAUUUAAAUAUUAAAUUAAUUGCAAAGUGUACAAUGGGCAAGUAACUAACUUCACUCGAUUUUUAACUUUUGCAUUGUUUUCUGCAGAUUUUUUGUAUUUUAAUGUAUCCUUUUAUUCCCCAGCAGUGCCUAGGUCUUAGACUAGAAUCUGAUUUAUAGCAAUAUAUUUGCAAACUAUAUCUGAAGUAUGUCAGAAGGAGUGAGAAUCUUGGAAAUCCGUAUCAAAUUUGCACUUAUAAUAAGCUAAACCAUAAAAACAUUCAGAUUUUA